AUGGCCAGGGAUUGGCAGAUCCUAAAGGAGCUCCGCCAUUGCAGUGCCGAGGCAUUAUCUGAACAGCUCCAUGCCGUGGUUGAGCAAAGUUGGAGCUUGCCUUCUCCAGCAGGACGAGGGGAGACAGAACGGAUUCAGCUGGAGCGUCGCUGGUCUCAACAUCUGCGCCACGCCCCGUCAGGUCGGAGUUCCGCCAGAGAUGACGGUGCGAGAGAAGCACAGGAGAGACUUCGGGAUGAGUUGGAGGAUCGGGUUCAAGUCGAGCAGCUGCCUCGCCGCACAGUCAGAGACAGGAUGCUGCCUCUGGUCAUGCGAAGCUGGCUUCCCAUCAGUGGUAUGCACAUGAUGGACGAACUGAAGGGCAAUCCGGAAACAGCACGGACCUAUCCGCUGCUUCUUCGGGCCUUCGAGCGUGAAGCAGACCUGAUCACAGUCUCAAGGCUGCCCCACAUCGCCGCUUUCCAAGACUUCUUCCUUCGCCAGUGUCGUGGUUGGACAAUGCACCGGGCGAUGGAGAUGACAGUGGGAGAUGUUAUCGACAAGGAGAUGCCUGAGACCCUACAGCCUCUGGCCCGGAGCCUCUUCAAGGGAGCUCAAGAAGCAUGGAACAUGGUGGCACCAAAGGCCAACUUAAACUACCAGUGCCGACGGGAGAUUCGGCUCACAAGUAUGCCCUCGGACCCCUAUGAGGUACCUGCU